AAAGCUUAGAGAACAUGUUAGUAAAGUAGUAAUAUUAAUUGAAUUUAUUUUUGAUUAUCAACAUAUCCCGGACGACGAUGUGGGGAAAUCGAAUUAUAAAACAAUCCUGGUGAUCGGAGUUCAAAACCGGUAUGUUACCCUGAUAGUCGUCCAAAAAUAUGAGCUGCUAGAAAAAUUCGGAUUAGAAAAUGGCCCUAGUGAUGCUACCCAGUGAUCUUCCGUGGUGGGAUUCUGUGAAGAGGCUACUGAAAAAAAUAGCCGAUACAAAGAAUUCCGCCGAUCUUAUAGAAAAAAUGCAAAAGAUAUAUGAAAUGUGCAAUGUUAGUUUGGAACCCGACGAAGAGAUCCCGGAUCCCCAACAAUUCGAGGGAUUCAUGAAUUUUUUAGACAAUGAUCUAACAAACGAGGAAAGAAGCGUAUUUUUCUCCAAGACCUUACCCAACAUAGUUACGAGAGCGCUGAAAAUAAAAGACUGCAGGCCUAAAAGUGGCCUACGUUUCAGUUUACAGCAGCAAGCCGAUUCCACAGAACUAGAAUAUUCCUUUGUAUCUUCGCUCAUUGCUAACGCUUUCUUCUCAACCUUUCCGAAACGAACCGACAGGACUCACCCGACCCUCCAGAAUUUCAAUUUCGCCGAAUUUUUCAAAAGUCUGAACAACAACACUCAAAAAUCAAAAUUGAAAAGUAUAUUGUACUAUUUCGAAUGGAUAGCCAACAACGAGAAUUACAGCGGCUCCAUGAAGAUUUUAAGACAGGUAAUGAGUAGUAAAGAAUGGUUAACUAUAGAAGACUGGUUAGAAUGUAACUUACCAUUAUGCUCAUUGAAAAUUCGCCACGAUGGAAAAUUGGACAGGCCCGAGGAGGAUUGUUUGCAAAUUUGCUUUUCAAGUGCCAAAAUUGGAGGAAGCGUCUUGAGUAAUGGAUAUACGCAAGAAUGCAUCAAUUUAGUAACAGCUCCGGAAUUGUUGAUGGUCCUUCUAAACGUCGAAGCGCUCGAAGAUAACGAAGUUUUAACUGUGGAAGGUGUAAGGCACAUUUCCAGAAUGGUAGAUCCGAAACAUAGGGCAUUCUUGGAGAAGCUCGAACAACCCAAAAAGUUAACAGUGUGUUGCAUUGACGCCGACGAUUACACCAAACUACCAAUAGGCCAAUACGAAGAAGACAACAUACUAAGGGAAUUGAACAAGUGCCUGCUGGGCUUCCAACAGAAGCAGCUGGUUAAACCCGAGAAAGAGAACGUCCCGCUUCGCAGGCGGCUGUCCCCCAUCGGCGAAUCCAUCGGAUCGAACCAAUCGGACUGCCUCAACGUGCCCCUGAUCACGCAGCAGUCCUGCAGCACGACGCACAGCGGCUCCGUAUCGCCGAUCAGGGACAACAACAACAUGCUGAGCGACAGGCUGUGCGUGCAGCUGGAGCAGGAGAAGAACCUGCAGAAAAGGGGGAAGCCGAACGAUUGCGUGGUGAACGGGCGAAGAGGGAGGUUCAUCGUGUUGGGCUCGUCCGGGGAGUGUUUGCCGAUAAACAGGCAUCCCCUGGACGAGGAGAAGAGCAACUACGAUAGUUGCGAAUCGUCCGAAGGGGAAUUCCACAGUGCCAAAACUAGUUUAGAUGACGCUAGCGAAGAUGAGAACUUUCACAAACGUUACAAUGUAGACUUAGAAACUCCCGAUAAACGAAACAUUUUUGCUCAAAGGUUGAAGGAUGCUCUGAAGAAGGAAUUCGCCUCCAGCACAGCUACUAACAGCAGCAGUAGCAGUAACAGCGAAGAAUCCGGUUACGCAGUAGGUAUUUCAGUCGCGGGGUCCAAUUUAGAAGACAAAGAUAUAAAGGUUAAACGGGGCGGUUCGACUGGUUUCGCCUUAAACGAAGAUUCUUUCGAUGAUAAUUUUUUGGAAAAUUCUCUGAACCAAGAGCGCGAGUGGAUAGAUAAAUUCAGGAAUAAACAAUCGUCGGCGUUAAAUAGAAAAGAGUCGAAUAGAUCAUCGGAAUAUAGUUUUAGCACUGAAUACAGUUCGGAAUUAGAAGAAGUUUAUGAGCAGUUUUCAAAAUGGCUAGAAAAUCCUCUAUUAGAAACGGAUGCAGGAAUGAAAAGGGAAUUGGAUGCUAGGGAAUUAGCUGUAGUUCGAUUCGCAGGAUCGAUUUUAAAAAGGACCUUAAGCGAAUCCUUCGUGGGGAUACCCGUACCUAUGACCGAAAAUUGUGAUACGCACUCAGGAACCAAUGAAUUCUCUACAAAGAAAAAUAAAUUAGUACUUAACGCCAAGUCAUUGAGCUUGGAAUUGGCGAGACAGAAACACCGGCUGGCCGCUCAACUGACUGAGGAAUUAGAGCCUGAUAGAUCUAUUUCAUUAACAAGUUGUGAGAGUGAGGAAGCUUUAGCAACGAGUAGUUUAACAAAAACGAAAGCUUGGUUUGUCACUAGCGUUACUGAAGCAAUUGUACAGACUUUAGAGGAGAUCUCAGUUAGUCUCCCUUUACCACAAAAUACACAGAUAGAGCUAUCCCAAUUAUCCGAGAGUCCGAAUAACGGACUGAAGCCGGUUUCUACGGGGAAUUGGGGCUGCGGCUCCUCGCACAAGGGCGACGUGCAGCUCAAGGUGGUGAUACAAUGGAUGGCGGCGAGCGUGGCCGGCGUGCCGGCCUUGAUUUACUGCACGUACGGCCACCAGCAGCUGGCGAAGCUGGACACAGUAUGCAGAAUACUCAUAGACAGGAAGUGGUCGGUGAAGGAUUUAGCGGAGGCCACCCUGAGAUACUCCAGUAGGGUUAUACAAGGGAAGGAGCUGAGCGGAACUCUGUUCGAGGAACUCAUAGGAAUGGAUAGGAUAGUGCAGUGAUUAGGGGAGUUAUUUUAUAAGUUUUUUUAUACCGGCGUUUUUGUUGAUAACUUCUGAAUUUGGGAAUUAGAUGAAAUAUUUUGCGUUAUUACGUUUUAUUUUGAAUUUGUUAGUGUUUAAGCAAACGAGUUACUUACAUUCCCAAUUUUUAUUAUAAUGCGAUCCGAAAAUUCAAUAAAAUUGAGUAUUUUAACAACAGUUCGUUCAGAUGUUAUCAAUUUAAAACUAUUGUUCAAUGCUUAAAAGUGUUUGGACAUUUUAUAUUUUGUACAAUUUUAAUAUUUAGAGAGGGAGAUAUUUGUUUUAAAACAUAUGCCAAAUUAUUAUUAGUUAUUUGUUUUUG